AGUCCCAGUCAGUAGUGGUGGUCAUGGUAUAGUCAUCUGGCCCAGGGAUCCUCGUUACGAACUUGUCGCCAAUGGCACCUAUCACAUUCUCAUUAGUAGUCCUAGUUCCAGCCAGUAGUGGUGGUCGCGGUAUAGUCAUGUGGCCCAAGGAUCCUCGUUACGAACUUGUCGCCAAUGGCACGUAUUACAUUCUCAUUAGUAGUCGUAGUUCCAGUCAGUAGUGGUGGUCGCGGUAUAGUCAUCUGGCCCAAGGAUCCUCGUUACGAACUUGUCGCCAAUGGCACGUAUUACAUUCUCAUUAGUAGUCGUAGUUCCAGUCAGUAGUGGUGGUCGCGGUAUAGUCAUCUGGCCCAAGGAUCCUCGUUACGAACUUGUCGCCAAUGGCACGUAUUACAUUCUCAUUAGUAGUCGUAGUCCCAGUCAGUAGUGGUGGUCAUGGUAUAGUCAUCUGGCCCAGGGAUCCUCGUUACAAACUUGUCGCCAAUGGCAUGUAUUACAUUCGCGUUUGUAGUUGUAGUCCCAGUCAGUAGUGGUGUUCAUGGUAUAGUCAUCUGGCCCAGGGAUCCUCGUUACGAACUUGUCGCCAAUGGCACGUAUUACAUUCCCAUUAGUAGUCGUAGUCGUUAGUAGUGGUGUUCAUGGUAUAGUCAUCUGGCCCAAGGAUCCUCGUUACGAACUUGUCGUCAAUGGCGUGAAGAUUUACACCGAAUGUUUGUACCAGCUCUACAAUGAGCUUAGCCUUUUUUUCCGGGACAAACCCAAAGGACGAAAAGAAAAGUUUCUUCUGGUCGGCAACAUAACGAAUGACUGUGGCAUGGACCGUUCCAGGCUCUGCCCAACGUUCCCUGAGGCCAACGAAUAUGCAGAGUGUCUGCGUCAGAAAGGGGACGAAGUUCAAUUUUACGGGUUUGUUAACCAUAAAUACGUCAGCUUCGUGGAAUGCGUGAGAGAUACAGUGGAAGAUGAAAGAAGAAAGCUCUAUGAUCAUAUGACACAGCCAGGAGUGAACCUAUGGAGCGCCUACAGAGAGGCCGCCGACCGCGGACUCCUCAAAUCUGGUCAAGGAUAUUUUUGAUCGUUUCUUCAAUCGAGAAAUAAACAGUCUAUAGGCACAAA